GUACGGACUCUUGGACGGUCUUGAAUACUCUUCAAAAAGAGGCAAAUUUAUAAAUAUAACCGGCAACAUUUCGGUAAUUUUUAGUGUUAAUUGCGAGGAUGGCACUGAAUAAAUUAGCUGUGGACCAGCUUGAAUUAAAAGAUAAACGAGUACUCAUCAGAGUUGAUUUCAAUGUGCCAUUGAAGGAAGGGAAAAUAACAAACACCCAGAGAAUUAAAGCGGCUGUGCCAACAAUUAAGUAUGUGCUUGACAAAGAAGCCAAAUCUGUGGUGCUGAUGAGCCAUUUAGGUAGACCAGAUGGGCGGAAACAGGACAAAUACUCCAUGAAACCUGUAACAGCAGAGUUAGAGAAAGAGCUAGGAAGAUCAGUGCAAUUCCUAUCAGACUGUGUUGGUACUGAUGUGGAAGCUGCCUGUGCUGACCCAGCUCCAGGCUCUGUCAUUCUCUUGGAGAACCUCCGAUUUCACGUUGAAGAAGAGGGUAAGGGACUGGAUGCCGAAGGAAAGAAGGUGAAAGCUUCUGCAGAGAAUGUGGAGAAAUUCAGAGCCUCUCUGUCUAAACUUGGUGAUGUAUAUGUCAAUGAUGCAUUUGGUACAGCUCACAGAGCACACAGUUCAAUGGUUGGAUGUCAGUUACCCCAAAAAGCAUCAGGAUUUCUAUUGAAGAAGGAGUUGACUUACUUCUCUAAAGCACUGGAUAAGCCCACAAAACCAUUCCUAGCAAUACUUGGAGGAGCCAAGGUAGCAGAUAAGAUUCAGUUAAUUGAGAAUUUGUUGGACAAGGUUGAUGAAAUGAUAAUUGGAGGAGGAAUGGCAUUUACUUUCCUUAAAGUACUUCAUGGCAUGAAGAUUGGAAAUUCCUUGUAUGAUGAGGAGGGAUCUAAAAUUGUAAAUACAUUGAUAGAAAAGGCAAAGAAAAAAGGAAUUAAAAUCCAUCUGCCAACAGACUUUGUUACCGGAAAUAAGUUUGCUGAUGAUGCUGAUGUAGGCCAGGCAACUGUUUCCUCUGGCAUUCCUGAUGGUGCAAUGGGUCUUGAUGUUGGACCAGAAUCUGUCAAGUCAUUUACAGAAGUUGUAUCUAGAGCAAAAACAAUUGUCUGGAAUGGGCCUCCAGGAGUGUUUGAGUUUCCAAAGUUUGCGGAAGGAACAAAGGCAGUAAUGGAUGCAGUGGUUCUAGCAACAAAAAAUGGUGCAACUACAAUUAUUGGUGGAGGGGAUACUGCCACAUGCUGUGCUAAAUAUGAUACUGAGGAUAAAGUAAGCCAUGUCAGCACUGGAGGUGGAGCUAGUCUUGAAUUAUUAGAAGGUAAAACUUUACCAGGUGUUGCAGCGCUGUCUCCAGCCCAAUAAACCUUUGGGUGUUUGCCACAAGAAUGAUUACUCUGUCGUAACCCUUUGAUGUGGAAGUACUUUUCAAUGGCAGGCACUGGUUACACACAGUUUCUUCAAUUUCUGUUGUGCAUUCUGUAUAUAUGAUCAUGAUUUAUGAUUUUCAGGUCUCUAAAAGAAAUAUUUUUAAAAUGGUGUAACUAAAAUGAGUGUAAAAUAUGUGCAGUUUAAAGGUAAAGGAUAUAAGGAUUUUUAUCCUAAUUGAAGCAUAUAGACACGAAGAAAACAAGACAAACUUUCCACAUUUUCUAACUGAUCAGUAAAUCAGCAUUGAAUUAAUCAGUUAAAUUGAUUUUUUUAUGUUACAGAAAAGGGAUAGAAAAGUAAAUUUGGAAAAUUG